AUAUUUUAAUUAAAAACCUUCCAACAACUCAUCUUCACCCCAGCUUCCCCAGCAACCUGGCUGAUGGGCUGUUAUUUUCUAUCUGGCAGAGUUCCUCUAUACAUUUGCGACCAGAAUCCCUCAUCUGUGUGUAAGUGAAGAUGUCAACAAUUCAUCUCUCUCCAGACAAGAAGAAAAAAUUUUCUUUCUGAUUUACUUGACAAAAGGAAAGGUUCUUUUCCCUUCUUUGCUUGGGGAAUUCAAUUUGGUCUACAGUCAGAUACCACAGUCAGCAAGAAUUAGUCAUUUCUAUCCUCUGUUCAACUAUGAUAUUAAAUAGAAGGUGAUAGGAAGGGGAAACAGUCCCUCAAGAGAAAACAGUAUUGUGGGCAACCAGUAAGAGUGGUGUAUGUCUUAAAAAAUAAUUGUUAGAAUUUAUGUAAUAUCUUAAGGUUUUCAAAAGAAGCACUUACUCUAUGAGAUAAGUCCUAUUAAUAUCCCAGUUUUACAGAUGGGAGUUUUACUGAGAGACAUUAAGUAACCUGCCUAGUGUCAAUUACUAAGGGUCCGAGACAGGAAUCGAACCCAGGUCUUGGUCUUGUACUGGAGUCUCCACACCUUUUGAAGACCUUAUAUGAGAAGAAUUGACAAUUGGUGUGGGAAGGGAUGAUGGUCUGAAUUGCAGGUUCCAGAAACUAUCUGUGACUAGAGGCUACCUGUUGCUAGAGCAGAAAGGAGAUUCUACUGCCUCAUCCUCUCUGCAGAACCAAAACACAAGGGAAGCUUAAAUCAUUGUUUCUUAAAGUGGGAAAGGGGAUCUUUAAUUGGCCCUUUAAUUUUGCUAUAACAGAGACAUCCUGUUACUAGGAGAGAGCCUUCAAUCAGGGAAGGUGUGUCCAAAAAAUAAAAAUAGGACUUUUAUAAUCCUAAUUGCUCAGUGACCCUGUGUUCAUCUCCAAGACCAACAACUUUUUCUUAAAUACUUCUUUCUCUCUAGCAACAAUACAAAUAUACAUCUCUCUGCAAAUAGACCCAUGGCCAGUGCUUGAGCUCAUAGGUAGAGAUUUUCAUCUUAGUAUAUCUGAUAAAGUUGGCCCACUCAUUUCAGAGUAGCUCAAAUAGUCUCAUUGCCCAUGGAAAUAGAAUUGGAUGAUCAUUUUUCUAUAUUAUCUUCUAAAUUGAUUGUUUAAUUAUGUCACAAAAAGCAAUCUUUCUCCUUGACCACAGUCCUCCCUUUAUUUUCACCUUCACCCCUAACCCAACCAGGAUCCAGCUAUGAAGACUGGGGUCCCUGGGAAUUUCUCUGCUGUGACAGAAUUUAUUCUCCUAGGAUUUAGAGUUACCCCACAGCUCCAGAAUAUCCUCUUCUUGGUCUUCUUGCUCAUCUAUAUGGUCAUACUUGUGGGGAACAUUGGAAUGACAGUUAUCAUAAAGAUAGACUCACGACUGCAUACUCCAAUGUAUUUCUUCCUUAGAAACUUGUCCUAUUUAGAUCUCUGCUACUCAACUGUCAUUGCCCCCAAAACUUUGACAAAUUUCUUAUCUACAAGAAAGACAAUUUCUUACAAUGCCUGUGCCACUCAGUUUUUCUUCUUUGCUCUUUUUGUCACAACUGAAGGAUUUCUCCUAGCUGUGAUGGCCUAUGACCGCUUUACUGCCAUCUGCUCCCCCCUCCUCUAUCCUGUACGCAUGUCCCAGCAUGUGUGUAUCCAACUGGUGGCUGGUUCUUACUUUUGUGGGUGCAUCAAUUCCAUGGUUCAAACUGGCUUCACCUUCACCUUACAGUUUUGUGGGGAAAACAGAAUUGAUCACUUUUUCUGUGAUGUUUCAGCCCUGAUCAAGAUCUCCUGUGUAGACACCUUCAUAAAUGAGAUAGUGCUAUUUAUACUAUCUGCAGUUAUCAUCAUAACUACCAGCCUGGUGAUCCUGGUCUCCUAUUCUUACAUUCUCACCACUGUCCUAAAGAUCCCUUCCACUCAGGGCAGGCGUAAAACCUUCUCUACCUGUGGAUCUCACAUCGCUGUGGUGAGUUUGUUCUAUGGUACAGUAUUCUUCAUGUAUGCACAGCCUGGGGCCCUCUCUUCUCCAGAGAAAAGCAAGGUUGUAUCUGUAUUCUAUACACUUGUCAUCCCCAUGUUCAACCCUCUGAUCUACAGCCUGAGGAAUAGGGAUGUGAAGGAAUCAUUGAAAAGAAUCAUGACUAAGAAAAGAUCCUCUCACUGAAGUCCACAGAACAGGAAAUGAUGGAAAAGAUGGUCUUACAGAAAUUUGAAUUUGUUCAGGCAUAGUAACAGAGUGACAUGUUAAAAAAGAAGUGAUAAAAACUUAGGUAUUUGUCUUUAUCCAUUUACUCACCUUCUUCUAUUUACAUAUGUAAUUAUCUAUCUUCUUUCAUAUAUCUUAUCUACCUACUUACAUCUAUCUAUUUAGAGUCAUUCUUUUUGUAUAUGAUCCAGACUUCUGAUUUUACUGGCAUAGGGAAUUCUCUUCUUCAUGUGUAAUAACAACUUUUUAGUAAUUUAUACUCUUAAAGAGUUGCCUGGGGUGUGUAUGUGUUUGUGGAUGGGUGGGGGAGGGUAUAAAGAUGUUAAAUGACUUGUUCACAGUUAUACUGCUAGUAUAGCACAUAAACAAGAAUUGAAGCCAAGAUUUUCUGACUCUGUGAAGAUCGCGUAUUUUAAAAUCAGCCGGAGUC